AGAGAGGAGAUGAUUCCAUGGAUAGAUGUCUCCAAUUUACAAACUUCCGCACACAGAAAAUUUUGGGUCUUACAAAAAGAGAGAAUUCUCAUCAAUUGAAGACUGAAUUCUCAGCCAGAGCCAUCCAUGGCUUCUCUCUCCACCUUCUUCUCCUUCCUCUUACCCUCAAAACCACCUCCCCCGAAACCCCAACAGCCCUUCAUUGCCUCUCCUUCUCCGGCGACUCAGUCCGCCGCUCAGUUCCAAACCCUAAAAUCCAGAGAUGAAUCAGUUUCCCUAAAGCCCCUACAGGGUUCGAAUCAUUCCGAGCCCUUAUCGGCGGAAUUGGCCUCUGUUAUCUGUCCUUCGCUGGCCUUUGCCAAUACUAUGUUCUUCAAUUCGGCAUAUAAUGUUCAGGUGAUUGUGGAUGAUAAUGAGCCGGAGGAGCGGCUUCUGGGUAGAUUCCGGCGAGAGGUUAUGAGGGCUGGUGUGAUUCAGGAGUGUAAGAGACGGAGAUACUUUGAGAAUACUCAGGAUACAAGGAAGCGUAAGACUCGAGAGGCUGCUAAACGCAACCGCCGGAGGCGCCCAUUCACAAGAAUUACACCAGAGAACAAGCAGGAUGUGCCUGCAACCAAGCAGGAAGCUGAUGAUGACAACUGGGAUUUACCUGAAGAAGGCAUUCCAAAUUAACCUAAUCCAGAAGUUCAGUCCACCAAAAUGUCAUCUUUAGAUUUUGGGAAGCUGUCAGUACUCUGUAAUGUAAGUUAUUUUCCAUGUUAGAUCUUCUUUGGUUGAGGAGUUUUUGCAAUGUUCCUUAUGAACAAGUAGAAAUGGCCAUUCCUUGUACGUAUGAAUUCUGAUAGAGAUGGUUAAAUUAUAAGUCUAGUCCACGAGCUUUUAGUUUGGUGUAUUUUAUAAUUUGUUUAAUAAAGUUUCGAACUUUUAA